CUGCUUAACCUUCAGCUCUGACACCCUCUCAUGCCUUGUUGAAUCCUUGGCAUCACUCCCUGGUGUUGCCAGUGAGAUAAAGUUCCUGCACCCCCUAGUUUGUCACAUUUAAGCUGCCCCUUGUGGUCUCCAGCAGCCACGGCAGAAGAUUACGGAGCUGUGACUCUUGGUGCCGGAGAGUCAUGGGCAACUGCACGGAGAGAUCUGCUCCGAGCCAAGAAGAAGAAGAAGAAGAAGAAGAAGACAUGGAGCCAGGAAAGCAAGAUGGUGAUGGAAUUUCUGAGAAGGAAGGCAACUGCAGGGUUAAGAUCUUGCUGACAAAGAAGGAGCUGGAAUGGCUGGUGCUCCGUUUGAAGGAGAAAGGGGAGCAGAGGCUGGAAGAUGUGUUGGAGGAGAUGGCCAGAGAGCUGGGGAGAGAGAGAGGUAAAGCUAAAGGGUGGAAGCCUACUCUAGAGAGCAUAGUGGAAAGCUCAGAGGUGCAGACACCUUAAGCACUCAGUCAUCAACUGAUGUUUUGUGUGUGUGUUUGUGCAUGUUAUGGUAUUUCUCCUGUUAGCCCCCAAAUUAUGCAUAUGAUUUAGAGACCUAAGUACAUUACAAGUUCCUCAAUGACUCCAUGAAACUACUGUGGAGUGCCUGUAAAUAAUCCUGUCUUCUGUUCCUGCAAUCUGAGUGUCACUGAACUGAGCUUCUCAAAUGUGGAGAGUGAUGGUUUUCUCA